AUGAAGUUGUCGAAAACACAAGGGCCAGAAUCCCCGAAACAAAAGCCGAGUGUGACUGCGGUGGGCAACUUCGGAUGUGAGGCACGCUGCUGCUGUGUGGUUGGUGACGUUGUGUGGGUGGCGGAGCUGAAGGGUGGCAUCGCCGUGUGCGAUGCGCAGCAGGGGCAUGUGCUGCAUCACGUUUCUGUCGCCGAUCCCGACACGCGCGUUCAUUUCAAGGCCAUGGUGCUCGUCUUCGAGGAGGUAUGGGCAGGCUGCAACGCUGGCACCGUCCACAUCUUUGAUGCGCCCACGCGACGGUGGAAGCGGUCGAUGUCUAUUCAUGGCGUCGAGGCGGCUGCACCGAUCACGUCGCUGUUCUUUGAUGGCCUGUCGGUGCUGGGCGGCUCUGCAACAGGCCGCGUGGUGCAGUGGCACCCCUUUACCAAGCGGCAGAUGGCGGUGUUUGUGGCGCUUGCGCCGGUGAAUGCGGUGACGGUUGCCGCUGGCCUCGUUGUGAGCGGCGACCGUGACGGUGCAGUGCAGUUGUGGGAUGCCCACAGCGGCGAGGUGGUUGUCGAGCAUACAAAGGACACGGCAGGCGUCACGUGUCUCCUCAGCGAGACGACGACGACGACACUGUGGGUCGGCCGCCGCAACGGCACCGUCAGUGUGUACACGCUUGCGGCACCACUUGUGUUCGACGGCCGCCUCGCGGUGGGCGAUGGCGCCGUAACGUCGAUGCUGGCAGUCACUGGGAAGGUACUGCUGACGACGUACGACCGAUCUGUUAUUGUUGUUGCUGCCGCAACGCGGGAGGUGCUAACGCGCGUGACAGUGGCGCACGAUGCUUUUAUCUACGGCGCCGCGCGGGUCUACGCUGCCGAGACGUUGCGGGCAUGGACCUUCGGGAACGAUGGUGUCAUUCGCGUGUGGGAUGUGGCGGGAUAUUUCGUGCCGUGCCAAUCGUCACCUGCGCUUGGUCUGUACGCGCAGGCCGCGAUGGUUGACGGCGCGAAGGGUGCGCUCAUGAUUGAGAACGCACAAUUAGCCUCGCACGCAGCGGCCUCACAAGUUCGGGUGGUUGACGUCAAGGAGGAAUUGCGACUGUCACGCGAUGAGGCACACGAGCUGCGCAUGCGCAAUGCCACAUUCGAGGAUGCACUCAAAGCAAAGGACACGGAAAUCAUGUCUCGCUCAUCACGCGUUAAGGAGCUCGAGGAAGAUGUGAUGAGACUCCAGAAAAGUGUUAUAGACGCCAACACACGCGCAGAUGAGGCACUGAAGGAGGCCACCAUGCUCAGGGCUGACUACAACAGAGCCUUGCAGGACGCAGCGCAGGCGCGGGCGCAGACAUCCGAGCGAGUUGCCGAGAAAGCAAAUGUGGAGCAGCAGCUCUCAGCACAGCGCAAUGAAAAGUCGCAUUUGGAGAUUCGCCUCCGUGAUAAGGAGGCAGAGGCGACACAGCUCAAGGCUGAGAAUGCGCGACUACACAGUGCGCUUCAGCAGCUUUCCUCAUCGCAAGUGGCAGACAAGGAUAUGUAUCGGAAGAUACUUGCCGACAACGAAGGAGUUAUGCGGCAGGAAAUAGACGAGCUGCGAAGACGACAUCAGCUCAUGGGUGCGUUACUGGUCUCAAUGGAGUACACCAUUCGGCGAAAGGAAGAGGAGGAACGUGACAUGACAGCACUCCUUAACGCCUUUCGACGCAAGGUGGCGGACCGCGUCACUGAUCCACAUUUGGCGGCGUUGCUGAACCUCACAAUGGUACGCAACCCUAGCCGGUUUGACAUGGAGUGUGACGAGCACACAAAGUCAUUACUCCGUGAUCGUAAUGGACCCUUCAUCCGUUUUCUUCAGCAGCUACGAGAUCGUGAUCCACGCACUUACGCGCAGUUGGUCGAAUACCUACAGCAUCCUAUGGCGGGGAAUGAGUUCAACUCCCUAUUUGACAAGCUGCUUGAUCUCGCCAACAAGGAGAGUGGUAUGCAUGACGAUGAUAUCGUAACCUUCAAGAAGAGUCUCCCAGUUCUGCUUGAUUCCCUAAGCACCAUGGGUGCUACAAUAGACCGAACAUAUAGUGGUGGUGGCUUCGGAGAUGCACAGUCCUUGCCAACUGGCGGGAGACAAGGAACGACGCCGCCACCGCUCACUGCGAUGGAGACCAAUCGCAGCGCUGCCAUUGGAUUAGAUAAGGAUGUAAAGGGUGUAACAGGUAUUCUGCGCGAGGGUGGCACUGCUGCCUCUCCGAAUACGGUUCCACCGCAACAGCUUCUGCAGCAGCAGCAGCCACCAACUGCAGGAGCCACCGCCGCGUCGCUGAGGGCGAUGACUCCCGAUGAGGAAGACAUCACGGUGUUCCUGCGGCGAAUGAAUCUUGGGAGCGAUGGCCCCGGUGCUGUGGGGCAGACGGCGUUUGACAGUGGAGAGAUCGCCUAUGUGAAACAGAUGCAAAGCACGUUUGAGUUCAUUCUGCAGACACGCCGGGACCUGGUGGAGCAACUGGCUAUUCUUGCGGGGCGUGUUGUUAAGGCACGCCAAGUUGUAGACGCGCUGACAAGCAACGCAAAGGAGGUUACAUCACCUCUACACCGCCGUCUCUCCGGCAGUGGGGGCGGGAGACAAAGUUUGGGUUCGGUCGUGACGCAUAUUUUGGUAGAGCUGCACCGCCUUGUGUCGGGCAUCGUGGCGGCGUACCUCACAGCUGCCGAGAAGCAGCGACUGGGCCUUGGCGCUUAG